AUGACAAUCAAUUACAAUUUGGCCGUUUCAACAUCGAAACCAUGGACGCUGUUCAAGCUGCUGCUGAAAUGGCGUGGCAGCAUCUGGAAAGCAGUCAUACUUGAGUUGGUGGUAUGGUUAAUGUUCUACGGUAUUCUCAGCAUUAUCUACAGAACGGCGAUGUCGCACGAUCAACAGAGGACAUUCGAGCGGAUAGUUCAGUACUGUGAUGCGAGGCUAAAUUAUAUUCCUCUGAAUUUCAUGCUAGGAUUUUUCGUCACUGCUGUCGUAAACCGAUGGACAACGCUAUAUCAAAUUAUAGGAUUUAUUGAUAAGUAA